AGCCAUGUCAUCGAUAGACAAUCCUGAACAAGCGGAGGCUGUAAGCGCAGAGGAGAAUAAUGGGACCGUUAGCGACGGUAUGGAUGUCGACGAUGACCUGCAGACGGAAAGUGAGAAGAGCACACAAGAGGCUAGACAUGUAAAACGCCCGGUCGACCGCGCCUUGAAUGCCAAACGAAAGGCAGGGUUUGCCAGAGAUUCUGAGGAACUGCAGCGAAAGAAAGCAAAGGACCAGCAAAAGCGAUAUGCCUAUCUUAUGGGUCAGACAGAGCUUUUCGCACAUUUCAUCAACAUAAAUAAGAUGAAAGGUAUGGAUGUCACGGCGUUGGAGGAAGCAGCGGACGCUGAGAAGGCAAAGAAAAGCUCCAAGAUCGGAUCACGACGUCAUCGCAAAACUGAGAAGGAAGAAGAUGAAGAACUUUUAAAGGACGAGCAGGAGGAGGAGCCAGCUCCGUUUGUCUUCGAUGAAUCUCCACCGUAUGUCAAGCACGCUCCAAUGAGAGACUACCAGGUUCAAGGCUUGAACUGGUUGAUCUCACUCUUUGAAAAUGGAAUCAACGGAAUUCUUGCAGAUGAGAUGGGUCUUGGGAAAACGCUUCAAUCCAUAUCAUUUUUGGGUUACCUUAAGCAUUUCCAGUCGAUCGAUGGACCUCAUCUGGUUAUAGUUCCAAAGUCUACUUUACACAACUGGGUGAACGAAUUCAAGCGAUGGGUGCCCUCAUUAGAUGUUUUUAUGUUCCAUGGGAGUAAGCCGGAACGACAAGCAGUAGUGCAAGACAAGUUGCUAGCCCAAGACUUUGAAGUUUGCGUGACAUCUUACGAGAUGUGCCUCUUGGAGAAGGCACAUUUCCGGAAAUUGUCUUGGCAGUACAUUGUCAUUGACGAGGCACAUAGAAUCAAGAAUGAAAACUCGGCCCUGUCUCAAAUCGUGCGAGAGUUUCAGUGUCGUAAUCGCCUGUUGUUAACGGGAACCCCUCUCCAGAACAACUUGCACGAGCUAUGGGCACUCUUGAAUUUCCUUCUUCCAGACAUUUUCAGUUCGUCAGAAGAUUUUGACCGAUGGUUUGAGUCUCAAGGAGGAGACCAGGAUAAGGUCGUCUCCCAGCUCCACAAGGUCCUCCGACCGUUUUUACUCAGGCGUAUCAAAGCAGAUGUUGAGAAAUCGCUCUUACCAAAAAAGAGGGUCAAUAUCUAUGUUGGGAUGAGCGCGAUGCAGCGAAGAUGGUAUCGGAACCUGCUUGAAAAGGACAUUGACGCAGUAAAUGAUGCUCUCGGCGACAAGCAGAGUAAAACUCGGCUUACAAGGUUGCAAAACAUUGUGAUGCAACUGCGUAAAUGUUGUAACCAUCCGUACCUCUUCGAUGGUGCAGAGCCAGGACCACCUUAUACAACUGACGAGCAUAUCAUUGAAAAUGCAGGAAAGAUGGUAGUUUUAGACAAGCUGUUGGAGCGCUCAAAAGCUCAAGGGUCGCGCGUGCUCUUGUUUAGUCAGAUGAGCAGAAUGCUAGAUAUUCUGGAGGAUUAUUGCAUCUUUCGUGGAUAUCAAUACUGCCGAAUAGAUGGACAGACUCCGCAUGAGGAUCGGGUUGCCAGUAUCGAUGAAUACAACAAACCCGACAGUUCCAAAUUUAUAUUCUUAUUGACUACACGGGCGGGCGGUCUCGGCAUCAACUUGGCUACCGCGGACACUGUCAUCAUGUACGAUAGCGACUGGAAUCCGCAAGUUGACCUUCAAGCUGAGGAUCGCGCACAUCGUAUCGGGCAGAAAAAGCAAGUCGUUGUUUUCCGAUUUAUCACCGAGAAUGCAGUUGAAGAAAAAGUCAUCGAUCGUGCAACACAAAAGCUUCGUCUUGACCAGCUCGUCAUUCAACAAGGCAGAUCCGUGCAAAAUAGUAAAGCGGCAUCCAAGGAUGACCUUGUCUCGAUGAUUCAACAUGGAGCACAGGAUAUUUUCAAGUCGACGGACAGUACGAUUACAGGAGAUAAUAUUGAAGAGGUUCUCAAGCGAUCCGAACAGAAGACUGCAGAGCUGGACUCAAAAUAUGCCAACAUGGGUCUUGAUGAUCUGCAAAAAUUCAGCUUAGCGGGUGGCGGGAGUGUCUACGAAUGGGAAGGUGCAGACUUCCGAAAAAAGGAAGGCGGUAGCUUUGGAUGGAUUGGACCCGCUAAGCGCGAGCGAAAGAACCUUUUGGCAUCGUAUUCCGAGCAGGAGUAUUACAAGGUUAUGCUACAAACAGGAGGCCGAACUGCAAAGGAGAAGGCUCCCAAGCCACCAAGAAUUGCAAACAUCCAAGAUUUCCAGUUCUAUCCGGCGCGUCUGAAGGAUUUGCAAGAAAGAGAAAUCCUCGCUUUCCGCAAAGAGAUUGGGUAUAAAGUGAGGCCCGAGGAUGUAGAAGGUGAAAAUGAAGAAGAUACAGCGGAGAAAAUGAAGGAAGAGCAAGCCAAGGUUGAUCAAGCUGAGCCGCUCUCCGAAGCUGAAAUUGCUGAAAAGGAGAAACUGUUGACCAAAGGAUUUGGCGAUUGGUCGAAGCGAGACUUCAUCGCAUUUUGCAAGGCUAACGAGAAGAACGGAAGACAUGAUCUUGAGGCAAUUGCGCAAGAAGUGGAGGGGAAAACCGCAUCCGAGGUGAAACAGUACGCGGCUGUGUUCUGGAAGCGCUUCAGAGAAAUUGCCGAUUAUGAGAAGAUCAUUGCGAACAUAGAAAAAGGUGAAGCCAAAUUGAAAAGGACUCAGGAAAUUCAGGAUGCCUUGACGGCAAAGGUUAGGCAGCACCGUGCCCCCUUGCAGCAACUGAAGAUACAGUAUUUGCAAAGCAAGGGCAAAAACUUCACAGAGGAGGAAGACCGCUUUUUGCUCGUCAUGUUGGAACGCUUCGGCUAUGGUUCAGAUGAUGUCUACGAUAAAAUCUUGGACGAGGUGAAACGGUCACCCCUAUUCCGAUUUGAUUGGUUCAUCAAGUCCCGCACAGCGCAAGAAAUUCAACGGCGAUGCAAUACUCUAGUUAGUCUCAUAUCGAAAGAGACCGCGGAGGUGGAGGAGGAGAAAGACGAAAAGAAGAGAAAAGGGAGAGACGAUAGCAAGGGAAGCGCAAAAAAACGGAAGUAGCUUAGAUUAUGUCUUGUAAAUAGUAUAAUGCUGUUCUGGCGCAUCCGGCGUCUGUGUUCUUAGCUUACGUCCAAACUACAGGUCUGAAGCGGCCCUCCCACUAAGUCUACUAGAAGUGAGAAUAGGAAUUCGAUCGAUCUACGCCACUAACAAAGUUAGACUGACUGCUGUCGCAAACCAAGAUAAAUCGGGAAAAUUAGAAGCAGGCCGGUCACGACGGUUAGGGACAGAUUGACCGCCCAGAAAUGUCCGUUCAUCAAAUCGAGAGCCACAUAAUUGAACAGGUACUGCAGCAUCGAA